CAUGAGUUUUGGUACAUAUAAGGUGGCCGUGCUUCACACAUUAUCGUCUUAAAAAAGUGCUUUUAAAAAAAAAAAAAAAAAAAGACCUGUUCGGCCGGAAGGAUGAGUCAUUACGAAGAAGUAAACGUUCAUGGUUAUGAGGACUUUUGUCGAGCUGUGGCUGAGAGAAAAGGAAAAGAUAUUUUUGUGUAUUUCUCUGGAGAUAAAGACUCACAGGGCCUCAGCUGGUGUCCCGACUGUGUCAAAGCUGAGCCCGUUGUCAGAGGAGAAAUGAAUUACCUUCCUGAAGGUUCUGUGUUCAUCUACUGCCAAGUUGGACAAAGAACUUAUUGGAAGGAUCCAAAUAACGACUUUAAGAAGACCCUGAGGUUGAGUGGAGUUCCCACUUUACUGCGAUACGGCACCCCCCAGAAGUUGGUAGAGGAAGAAUGCUUCAGAUCAGAUCUGGUGAGGAUGAUGUUCACUGAGGACUGAAGCAUCCUGACCCACAACGUGCACUUCACUGUUGUACAGAAUGGCAUCAGCACACAUUAAUCUUGUUAUUGUUAUUUGUAAUC